GACGUUUCUCCUGUGUCCCGCCGUUCUCCUCCCUGCUCUCCCUGGCUCUCCUGCUCUCUGCCACGUCGCAUUGUCUUCUCUACGCUCGUUAGCCUCACGCGCCGUCCUUUCUCAUGCCUGGCACACGCCCAGAGCCAGAGGAACACGACCUGACGAUCAUCGACCACAAGGACCCCCGUCCAUUCGCAGACAGGGUUGUGCCCGACAUCGUCCACCAUCCACACCAAGACGUUGACCGCGACGAUAUCGUGAAGCAGGAUGACCACUCAGGAUCAGAUUCAGACGAGACUGUGACGGACUCGGAGGACGAAUUCGACUGGGAGGCUGAGGACGACGCCAAGUCUGCUCAUGUCGCCGCGUCCAUCAAGGCAAAGCGCGGCCGCGCCGUCUACCGUGCGUUCAAGAAGCUGCCGCGCCUCCUCCGCGCGCUGCUCGUGGGCGCAAUCGGGGCGGGCAUCCUCAUCACGCCGCUGCUCGUCGUCCACCUGCGCUUCAGCACGAGCGUAGUCAAGACGCAGGUAUACGUGUGGUCACUAUGGCUGACGAUCACCUGGGCUGCGGGUGUCGCGACGUUUAUCGUGGUCGAUGCCGUCCCGCACUUCAUACUCGUGCUGCUCCGGUUGACCAACUUCAAAAUCGAACGGACAAGGGUCACUAUCGAGCUGGUGGCGGCGGUACGAGGAUGGCUGAAGCUCGCGCUCGAUAUCACUUGGAUGUGGAUCGCCCUGUCGGUCGUCCGCGUGACCUACAAGCCCCCGGGGUCGUAUUGGGUGAUCAUCAACCGCGUCAUGCAGGCCUUGUUCGCCGCCGGACUCCUUGUCCUCGCCGAGAAGGCGUUCCUGCGGUACGUCGCGAUCAACUUCCACCGGAAGGCCCUUGCGGAGCGCAUCGCGGAGAACCAGCUCGGCCUGCGCGCGCUCGACCGCCUCUCGAAUGCGCAGCCUGCGCCGAAGAAGAACCUCUACUUUGGCAAGAAAGGGCACCGUUCGCGCGGGUCGAGCCUGGACAUGCUCGGGAUGGGCGGCGAGAAGGGGGGCGCGAGCGGGUCGAACUCGGGCACGUCGUCGCCGACGGAGAAGAAGAGCAAGCAGUCGCAGAAGCAGGCCAAGAAGCAGAGGCGCAACCUCGUCACAAGCGUCAUCGUCGAUCAGCUGGGUGGCGCGCUCGAACAGGUCACCCAGGACCAGUUCGGCAGCCUCGCCAGCGCGGGCAAGCUUGCCCGCAAGCUCUUCAGCACCCUCAGCGACGUCCAUCCGCCGAGGAAGUACCUCAUCGUCGAGGAUUUCUAUCCGUACUUCCCCACUCCUGGUGACGCUCGUGCCGCGUUCGCCCUCUUCGACAAGGACGGCAAUGGCGACAUCUCGAAGAGGGAAAUGCGUGAAGCGGUGCGGCGCAUCUACCGCGAGCGGAAAGCGCUCACGGCUAGCUUGAAGGACGUCGGUUCUGCUGUGGGCAAGCUCGACGCAGUCAUGCUCUCCGUUGUGGCGUUGAUCUUCAUCUUCAUCUGCUUGCUCAUCUUCAACCGCAACAACACGAUUGCAUCCCUCGUCCCGCUGGCGACUAUCAUCGUCGGUUUCUCAUUCAUCUUCGGUCACUCGGCGCAGACGCUCUUCGAGUCGCUCAUCUUCAUCUUCUCCACGCACGUCUUUGACGUCGGAGACCUCGUAAUGAUCGACGAUCAACCCUUGUUCGUCCGCGAGUUUGGCUUGUUCUCGACGACCUUCCGCCGUGUCGACGGCAUGGAGAUCAUCGCACCCAACUCGCUGCUGGCGUCCUCAAAACUAGUUCACAACCUGCGCCGUAGCAACUCAAUGUGGGAGUCGACGACGCUCACGGUUGCGUACGAUACGCCUCUCGAGCAGCUCGAGCAGCUCCGCAUCCGCUUGCAGGGGUACGUCGCCACGAACAACCGCGAGUGGUCCAACGUCACCGUGAACAUCGACAAGAUGGACAACCAGAACGCGAUCUCGCUCAUCGUGGCGAUGGAGCACCGCCCGAACUGGCAGGACUGGGGCGGGCGCUGGGUCCGCCGCACGGCGUUCAUGCGCCACCUCAAGGCGAUCCUCGAGGACCUCGACCUCAAGUACACGAAGCCGAUCCAGCCAGUCCUCAUGCCCCGCGCCCCUGGCGGCAUGGGCAGCUCGCCGUACCUCGACUUCCCGCCGUCGCCGCGGUCGGGCUCGAGAAGGGCGCCUGGGGCGGAGUCGAGGGAGACCCUUGGGAAUGCGGGUUACCUGGAUCCCGACCCGCUUGGGCGCUCGCCGUCGCGCAGCCUUCGGCCUGGCGGAGACAGGUUCUGAGCCUGUCGAUUCGCAGCAUACGUCUCACACGAACUCUUGACUUGCGCUUUGUGCUGGUACGGGCGCCGCAUUGGGAUCCUCGCGGUGGUGGUAUACGGUUGAGGGUUCCAUGCGUUCGUUGUUGUGACACGGGCUCGCGUCGUACGCAUCCCCGUUGCCAACUCUCGCCGUGGUAGACUCCCUAGUGGCGUGACCGUGAAGUCGACACUGGCGGAAAGUAGUUUACUAACCUCAUCAUCCUACAAUUUAGACGCAAAUGUCUCGCAUCGCUUCAUAUAUCGCAUCCACCCAUCUAACGAAUACUGUCUUACAUCACGCUUUGUGUCUAGGCUUGUCUUCUGUCUUGCAUAUGUCAUUCGUAAAGUUAUGUACACAGUUUCUCGAUCACAGACGCGUCC